AUGAACGGCGAGAUGAUUGGAAAUCAAAGUGGUGGUAAACAUCAACCACAAGGGUCGGUAGUGAUUAUCGGAGCCGGGACUCAGGGGAGACGGCUGGCUUAUAUGUGGUCAAGAAGGGGAGGUCCUGUUACUCUUAUUGAUCUUCAACAACAGCAACUCGAGGAUGGGUUGAAGUACGUACAGAAACUACGAGCUGAAGCAAAUGACCCUCUAGGGUCUUGGGGCGAGAUUACAAUCUCUCACCCCUCCUCUCUGGAGUCCUCGCUGCAGGAUGCGUGGCUAGUCAUUGAGUGCGUGCCCGAGAGACUGCCGCUCAAGCAAAAGGUCCUCACACAGAUUGAUUCACUUGCUCCAGAAAAGGUCAUAAUUGCCUCGAACUCCAGCAGCUAUGGAAUCAAUGAGAUUCUAGUUGGUCUCAACUUGAAGCACAUUAAUCGAGUUCUGAGUGCGCACUGCUCUAUCGAGAUCAUGGGUCACGGUGAGACCGACGAGUCACUCAUCUCGCUGGUAUUGGAUCAAUGCAAAGUCCAUGGAUUCUCUCCAUUCCAUGUGAGACAACCAUCAAUUGGUUACAUCUACAAUAGAAUAUGGGCUGCGAUCAAGCGAGAAACCCUGCUCGCACUCUCUGAAGGCGUAUGUACGCCUCGGGAAGUCGAUGCAAUUUUCAAGGAUGUCCUGAAAACACCAAAGGGGCCGUGCGAGAUAAUGGACGUUGUUGGCCUGGAUGUCGUACUUGAUAUCGAGAACCACUACGCCGACACACGGAGCGGGGUCCCGCCUGAGCCGCGAGACUAUCUCCAAAAGAUGAUUCAAGAAGGAAGCUUAGGCGUGAAGAGCGGCCAUGGAUUCUAUGAUUAUCAGGAUACAAACGAAAAGGCGCACUCAUGA